GUUUAAAUCAUGGAAGAACUCAAUGGCUGUGAAUUCGUCGAUCCGUCAAAAAAACAAAAAGGAAGAACAAAGAAACAUAAACCAUCACUGAAGUUGUUCGCGAAAACCUGUUGGCCAAAGGUGAUGAUCUCCCGAAAUAAUUUUAUUUGCAAGAAGUCAAAGGAUCUACCAACCACCACAUCCUUACCGUAUCUCGAGGAAUCCUCCAACAAGCUGCUGACCAAAGAAGAAGAUUUGUGCUGUGAAGUAAAUGGUGAAAACUUCGAAGAAGAGCAAGGUGUUUGUUUGAUCAGCAGCUCUAGUGAGAUUCCCUGCGAAAGUUUACAGAAACUGAAUGAAUCAAACCAGGAAAGUGGAUUUGUUAGUGUGACAGAGGAAGGUGUGACCUCGGAGACAUCUGGUUGUCUAGAAAGACCCAUCUUCGUUGAUUUAACAGCCGAUGAGAGAAGCACGUGGAAACAUACGAUUUUCAAACGAUUUGACGACCUGAAGACAACGGAAAAUGAGGGGAAUAAUAAAAAUCAAAAUUUCUCUAUGAAUGUUCUGUUAGAGCCUCGAAUCAUGUUAGCAGACAGUUCGAGUAAAUCAAACUCUAACGGAGGUGGAAGUUUAGCAACAGCUUUGCGAGAUCGUAGUUCGUGUUUGAUACCUGUUCAACCUAAUCGUUCCUUACCGAUUCGUCCAGCACCUUGCGUACCCGCAAGAUCUUUACGAAAGGAUUGUUCACCAUUGCUCGUCCUGUCCAAGUCUUCGACUAUGGAUGUGGUCGAAGUGGAACCAAUGAAAUCGAUUGAUGUACCGAACGAAGAAGCUAACAAAGAAGAUUUCAAUGCUAAAGAGGAACACUCGACCUCUACAGAAUUAGCUAACUCCGUGGAUUAUGUUGUUCCUCAGAUAUCAAGCGUAGAAAGUUUGAGUACAAUGAAAAGAAAAACUGGCGAGGAUAAUUCGAAAGAGAACAGAAGAAGAAAGAGAUCGCAGGAAGCAGAUUCCACUCAAAGGGAGGAACGCGUGGAAAGUUCGAUCAAAGAAUUUUUAAAAAACUUUUGUGGUUCGAACACAAACGAAGGAUCGCAGAAUUCGUGUACCGACAGAUGCUCUCGAAUUGUGUCUUCUUCGAAAGAAGAGGGGAAUAAGGUGCCCCCGUUAAGGUUGAAGAAGGUGGUUCGUACAGAAAUGGAAGGAUAUACAUCUAGAACUAAUGCCGGCUCAGAGCACGAAUUAAACUAUAGAAUUGUUACGGGAACAACGCCUAGGCCCUCGUCGAGCCCAGUUCCCUCCAACUGGAAUAACAUGAUCUGUGAAAAAGAUACCACUUUUUCUCCCUUAAAUACCGACAGCUACAAAUUAGAGUAUCGACGAAACAAGCUAAAACAAAAGCUCAAUGAACUGCGUGGGAAAGCUCUAGAGUUGGCCAAACAGAUGGCAACUGAUUCCAAUUCACAGCAGAGUACCACAUUGAGGCAGGUGAUGAAUCGCUAUGAGAAGCAGAUUGAAAAUCUGUCGAAGUUGCAUAGCAAGUUGUCCGCAGCCCUUCCAGUUUCUAGUGAAGUAAUCGACGUGCAUGAUCACACAGUAAAUUCUUCUGGCGAAGACGACGAGGAGUAUCUCGUCAUAAGUUUCACCGAUACUGAUGAGAUAUUAGUGAAGAAUAACUCUCCAUCAUUGUCGCCAGAACCACCACAGUUGUCACCUCGAUCGCCUACCAGUUACGAAAACAUAUCAUCCGAAGAAAUCAGAAACAGCCCUCCGAUUUUAUCAAGAGUAGGCUUGACUAUUUCAUCGAGUCAACAUCAGGUUGACGAAGAAGUUCAAAUCUCAGACAGGAAAAUAUGGUCAACAAAUGAAGAGUCUGUAAAACAGUCAGUUCCUAUGGACUCUUUUCAGGAUGUAAACAAAACUUCUUCGGAUUUUGAGGAGUGCAUGCGAACGAGUCCUCUAAAACAGCUGAAUAAUAUGAAUAUUGAUAUAGAGGAUUUUACUUUCAGUGUCAAAAAACAAUCUUCAAGUCAUUCUAAAAAGAUUAUUGAGUUUCCUGAGAACAGUCGUACAUGUCGUGAUAAAAAAGAUGAAAGUAGUAAAUUGGUGCAAGGGUGUCCACAAAGUAGUUCUAUAGUUCAAGAAUCAGAGAAAGUCAAGUGUUUUGAAUUUCCUGAACCUAGACCAAUAAUAAAUAUUAUACCCGGUGAUAUGAAAACAGCAAAGGGUGCCCAAAACAACAAGUUGCCUGAAUUGAAAUCUGAAAAACAAAUUUCUUUAUCAGGAGAACGUGUCUUACAACCUACUACCUUGGAACCUAUUUCAGAAAAUGUUCCAAAGAACAGUGAAAGUAUUCAAACUGUGCCAAAGGUUCCGUUGAAAUUAAAUCAGUGGAAUCAACUUAACACAGCAAGAGCUACAUUGAAUCAAGAACAUCUUACAUUACAGCAAAACUGUAAAGGAGAAGAAACAUCAAGAAAUGAUGAUCAUACAUUGACUGAACAAUUUCCAAGCCUUGGUAAUUGGUUGACUCGAAUGUCAAAGAAACAUACUUCAAAAAGCAAACCAAAAUUACAAUCUACUACAAAUAUUCCAUUCACAUCAACAGAUAAUUUUACUCGUGUAAGAUUUUUUGAUAGAACUAAUUGUUAUAUAAUUUAUUUUUUCUCUUUUCUUCUUUUUUAUCUACUAUAUUUAUAUUUGCAAUGUACUGUACAGAUUUCAGAAGCUGAAAUACAAAAAAUGGUUGGUUCAAAUACAGCUAAUGAUCAAAUAAACACCACACCUCAAUACAAUACAGAAAGAUGGCAAUACCAUCAACAACAGCAACGACAGCAACAAUUACUGCAACAUGUUGCAGCAUCCGUAACUCUUUCACAAUCAACUCCAACAAUACCACCACUACGUUCUGCUCUCUGUCCACCUAUUCCUAUGGCUCAGUUUUAUCCUAACAAUUAUACUAUUGAGCCCUACAAUAGUGCUGGUUUAAGUUAUCAUUCAGCUAUCUGUCCUUAUGGUACUUAUCCAUAUCAUUCUCGAUUACAUUCAGGCACUUUACCAGGAUAUCAUUUCCCUAUGCAAGAAUCAUUGCGACCAUUGCAGCACAUAGAUAAACGAUUUCCUUCAAUACAAGACUCAAUGGUGAGAUAUCCUUCCCCAUCAACAAACGUGCAUCAUCCAACUAAUAUAGAUUUUGAUCGUAUACGAGGAAAUACCAAUGUUAGCAAUAAUGUUGCUGCAGCAACCUGUUUACCAUCAUUGUUCAUAUCACCACCAUCUUUGUCUUCUUCACAUCAAAUGCUACCACGCACUCCUUUAACUGGAUAUCCAACAAAUGGUCAGUUUACUCAAAAUAGAAUGAUUCCGGAUGUUGUUGCUGCAGCAGCAGCUGCUGCCGUUGUGGCAGCUGCUUCCAUUGAUAGACAGCGAGACACAUUAACAUAUAACCGAAAUGAUCCCAAUUCAUUGACGUCUUCUGGUAUUACAAAUGUUAUUGAUGGAGAUACAACUCAUCCUAAUAAAACAAUAACUGGUCGAGACAUGACUAACCGAACACGAAACAGCAAUUUUGGUGAGGAAACUCGUAACAAUAACUCUACGUAUCAACACAUGCAAAAUAUUUUAUUCGAUAGAUUAACGCUUGUUAAAACUGCAGAUAAUUUUACACAUACGAAUUCAUUGAUCGCUAAUGAUACUCAAGCAGCAAUGACGACCAUUGUUUCAACAACACCAUAUCAGGUGCCUUUAAUUUCAACACAUCCACAGUUAUCAAAAAACUUGCCAGGAAAUGAACUUAGGAAUUGUGAUACACCACAUCUUGGUAAAGUAAGUCGUAGCCCAAACAGUUUGCACAAUCUUGUAUGCUCAAACUGCAGUAAUAUUGCGCCAAAAUUCAAGUGUCUUGGAUGUGAGAUGGCUUUUUACUGUGAUGAACGAUGUCAAGAGAAACAUUGGUAUGUUCACGUACAAAGGUGUCCGAAAAAAAUGCCUAAAUUAAAGAAGGUCACUUAAAAUCCAUGUUAUUACUUCAAUUAAUAUAGGGACACACAUACAGGGUGA